UCACUCUCAUGCUGCUGGGAUAGACAAAACCGAGACCAACUCAUCCAAAGAAUCACUGGAGAAACCUACCAGGUGGGUGUCAAAAGAUUGGACUUGGUUUGGAAAUAUCAUCGUCGAUCGUAUCUGAAUACCUCAACAGCCGUGAUCAUAUCGUAAGAAUGGGACGAAAGAAUCAGUCGAACGGAGGAGCAGGCGACCCGAACAACGAUACUACUCAAGCGGCUGCUGACCCAAACCAAGACCAGAAACCGCCGAAUGAUAACCUGCAAGCCGAUCAAAAAAGCCAACAGCAGAUGAAGAAACAAUCCAGCCCACCCAAGCCGAAAACCAACCCAAGAGCGCCGACCCCUCCUCCAUCUCAUGAAGCCGAACUCGAAGAACAGCAUUACUACCAUGUCGAUAAGCUGCUCGAUCGCACCGGUCCUAUGGUCGACUCUUCCUUCGAAACCGGCAGCACGCCAAAAGAUUUUAUUCGCAAGACUUGUAAGGUGCUUGUGAUCGGAGCUGGUGGACUAGGCUGUGAGAUCUUACAGAAUUUGGCGCUGUUGGGAUUUGGAGACAUCCAUGUGAUCGACAUGGAUACAAUCGACAUCAGUAACUUGAACAGACAAUUUCUGUUCCGAGAAAAGGACAUCGGCCAGCCCAAAGCGGACGUGGCAGCCAAGUUCAUAAUGCAACGGGUACCUCAAGUCAAAGUGACGCCCCAUUAUUGCAAGAUUCAAGACAAGGAUGAAGCGUUUUACAUGAUGUUUAACCUGGUGAUCUGCGGGUUAGAUUCUGUCCCAGCGCGCCGAUGGAUCAAUGCGACGAUCGUGAAUCUGGUGGAUCCGGAGAACCCGGACAGCUACAAGCCGUUGAUCGACGGCGGCACCGAAGGCUUCAAGGGUCAAUCGCGAGUGAUUCUACCGACUAUCACCUCCUGCUACGAGUGUUCGUUGGACAUGUUGACCCCGCAAACGGUCUUCCCCAUCUGCACAAUCGCCAAUACCCCUCGGCUACCUGAACAUUGUAUCGAGUGGGCGAGUGUCUUGGAAUGGCCGCGCGUGUUCAAAGACAAGAAACUGGACAACGAUAAUCCUGACCAUAUCCAAUGGCUUUUCGAACAAGCUUCGACUCGAGCCGAGCAACACCAUAUCAGCGGCGUCACCUGGAGUCUCACCCAAGGCGUCGUCAAAAACAUCAUCCCCGCUAUUGCUAGCACUAAUGCUAUCAUCGCUGCCAGCUGCUGUAACGAAGCUUUCAAGAUUGCGACUAGUUGUGCUCCUUACCUGAAAAACUAUAUGAUGUACAACGGAAGCGAAUCGAUUUAUACGUAUACCUUCCAGCAUGAGAAGAAGCCCGAUUGUCCAGUCUGCGGGGGCGAGUCGGUCCAACUGACGAUCUCGAAGGACUGGUUCUUGCAACAGUUGGUCGAUCAUUUGGUGGAAAGACCAGACUUUCAGAUUAAGCAGCCUUCGUUGUCGACUCCCAAGGGCCCCCUGUUCUUUCAAGGGCCUCCGGAAUUGAGGAAGGCUACUGAACUCAACUUGGAUAAGAAGUUGCUCGAUCUGUUUCCCGAUCAUCUGCAGGACCCAAUCGAAAUCACCGUUACCGAUUCUAGCUUGCCCUUUCAACUCAGUCUGCUUGUAAAACUCCAUUGAAUCUUCUGCCCUCACUUCCCUCGCUUAGGGAAAGGAUCAAAAAAAGUAAUUGUACUAUUGGUAUGAACUAAAAACCAUGGUUGGAUUUUAUUU